GACAACAGACCCAUCAUCAAUGAACUAGACUUUUUUCCUCACAACAACAAUAACCAUCACUCUGCCUCUACCUCUGCACCUCCCUCAUUUAAUAACAUUCGCCAUUACACCAAUCCUCCUCUCUUGGGAUUAAGAGUAAACACUGGUUUAAAUCUUCUUACCACCAAUACAAGCAAUCAUGAUCAAUUCAUGGUGGAUGAUGACAUAUCAACUGAUUCAAAAGACGAAAGAGUUAAGCUUGAGUUUGGUGUUCUUCAAGCUGAGCUAGAAAAAUUGAAAGAGGAAAAUUACAAACUUAGGAACAUGCUUGAUGAGGUUAAGAGGAAUUACGACACACUUCAAAUGCAUUUUGCGAGUUUGAUGCAAGUGAGGAAAGUUGAGGAUUGUAAUCAAGAGCAAGAUCAAGUGUUUGAAAAGAAACAAAAUGAGAAUGUUGAAGUGUUGGUUCCAAGACAGUUUAUGGAUCUUGAAUUGGCUACUACUAAUUGUGAUGAUGAAACUUCACUUUCUCCCUGUGUUGGAAGAAGUCAAAUUGAGUCAAAGUCAAUUGCAAACAACAUUGAGGAAGGUUCCAAAGAAUUUGAUCAUGACAAGAAUGAAUCUCAUAGUGGAAUUGAAAGAAUGGAUAGUCCUCCAAAAGAACAAGUUUUAGCUGCUAUUAAUAACAAUAAUGUUCCAAGGUUUAGUCCUACAACAAAUGUUGAACAAGCUGAGGCUACCAUGAGGAAAACUCGAGUUUCUGUUAGAACUCGAUCCGAGGCUGCUCAGAUUAGUGACGGGUGUCAAUGGAGAAAGUAUGGACAAAAAUUGGCCAAAGGAAACCCGUGUCCUCGAGCUUAUUAUCGAUGCACUAUGGCUAUCGGUUGUCCAGUAAGAAAACAGGUACAAAGGUGUGCUGAAGACAGAACAAUACUAGUGACAACAUAUGAAGGAAACCACACUCACCCUUUACCACCAGCAGCAAUGGCAAUGUCAAAUACAACAUCAGCAGCAGCAACAAUGUUACUUUCAGGAUCAAUGUCAAGUGCUGAAGGCCUAAUGAAUGCAAAUUUCCUAGCAAGGACAAUGCUUCCUUGUUCUUCAAGCAUGGCAACAAUUUCAGCAUCAGCUCCAUUUCCAACUGUUACAUUGGACUUAACUCAACCACCAAAUCCCUCAAACCAGUUCCAAUUUCCUUUCCUUCAAAAUUUUCCAAAUUCAACAACUUCAUUACUGCCUCAGAUAACAGCUGAUCCUAACUUCACUGCAGCUUUGGCAGCUGCUAUUACUUCCAUUAUUGGAGCUUCACUGCCAAACAUUAAUAAUAAUAAUGUUAGCAUAACUGCCAAUAAUAACAGUAAUGAAAAUGCUACAUCAAGUAACAAUAGCAAUGGAAACAAUAACAUGAACAAUCCAAAUUCCUCAGGGAAAACUAGCUAGCUCAUAGUUAGAUAUUAUUCUUUCAUUUUUUUUCUUUGUUAAAUAUGUUUUUAGUUCCUAUA